CGCAGCCCCGAGCCCCGGCCCCCGCCCGCCCUCCCGGGCCGCUGAGCCGGCGGCGCGUGCCGGGCUGUCGCUGGCGGGGCGGGCCGGGGCGGGCCAGCCCUCCCCUCCUCGGUACCGGCGGCCUCGGCCUUAGAGAGGUUCUCACUUUGGCAGAGUACGAACCCUCCCCGCGCACUCCUGUGCGUAGGCGCCUGCCGAAAGCUGAGUAGAUGAGAUCAUUUCAUACUCUUCUUUUGGAAGAGGUGGUCAAAGGAAAUGGAUAGCUAUCCAGACUUUACUGCAAAGAACCUCUCAUAUUCAGCAAAUAUGUCUAUUUCUUUGCCUGGACAAGCUGGACUCAAUACCACCGGUGGUACUCCUUCUAUGUCAAUAAGCAGGCUUUUCCCGGCCCUGUUGGAAUGCUUUGGAAUAAUUCUUUGUGGCUACAUAGCUGGAAGAGCCAACAUUAUCACAUCAACUCAGGCCAAAGGACUGGGAAAUUUUGUGUCCCGCUUUGCACUCCCAGCACUACUGUUCAAAAACAUGGUGGUACUUAACUUUUCUAAUGUGAAUUGGUCCUUCCUGUACAGUGUUUUAGUUGCCAAAGCUGCUGUGUUUUUUUUAGUCUGCAUUUUAACAUUGUUGGUAGCCAAUCCUGAGAAUCGAUUUAGCAAAGCAGGUUUAUUCCCUAUUUUUGCUACACAAAGCAAUGACUUUGCACUGGGAUAUCCAAUAGUUGAAGCUUUAUAUCAAACCACUUACCCCGAGUAUCUCCAGUACAUUUACCUAGUGGCUCCAAUAUCUCUUAUGAUGCUAAACCCCCUGGGGUUUAUCUUCUGUGAAAUCCAGAAGUGGAGGGAUAAUCGCACUGUGCCACACAGCAAAAUCAAAAUAGUGGGCCUAGCGCUCCUUCGAGUUUUGCAGAACCCAAUUGUAUUCAUGGUCUUCAUAGGAAUUGCCUCAAACUUUAUUCUUGGCCAGAAAAUUCCCGAAUACCUUGAAAGCUUCCUUGAUGGACUGGGCAGUUCUUUUUCUGGCUCUGCACUUUUUUACCUUGGACUAACUAUGGUGGGACAAACAAAAAAACUGACAAAGGGUAUGUUUGUUGCACUGAUCCUUCUCAUCACAGCUAAACUACUUAUGAUGCCAUUUCUCUGUAGAGAAAUGGUGGAGCUCUUGGACAGGAGUGACAGCGUGGUCAAUCACACCAGUUUAUCAAACUAUGCAUUUCUUUAUGGAGUUUUUCCAGCAGCACCUGGUGUCGCGAUAUUUGCAAGUCAAUUUAACAUGGAAGUAGGAAUUAUUACCUCAGGCAUGGUGAUAAGCACUUUUGUGUCUGCACCCAUUAUGUAUGUGUCUGCGUGGCUGUUGACCAUUCCAUCUAUGGACCCCAACCCACUGGCAUCUGCACUCCAAAACGUUAGCUUUGACAUCAGUAUCGUCAGCCUCAUUUCUCUGACCUGGUCUCUUAUUGUUGUUCUUCUGAGUAAGAAAUACAAACAGCUUCCUCAUAUGAUUACAACAAAUCUACUUGUUGCUCAGUUUAUUGCUUGCAUUGGAAUGGUGGUAUGGAAUUUCGUUGUUAAAGAGCAAGACAUCACCAUGCAGAUCCUAGUUUUUAUAUUUCUCUACAGCUCACUUUACAGCACCUACCUAUGGACAGGUUUUCUAUCUUUCUCUUUGUUUCUGUUGAAGAAGAGAGAAACAGUAAAGAUUCCCAUUGGGUUUAUCAUCAUAGCUGGAUGGGGAAUCCCAACAGUUCUGGUGGGAGUCUUACUAAUUGUUGGUGAACGUAACAACACUAGUAUUGACUCUGCCUUUUUCUAUGGAAAAUACCAGAUAAUUACCACAGCAGUGAUCCUGUUCAUCAGUAUAUUGAUGUCAGGCAUUUCACUUAUGUGCAUGAACAGAAAUAGGCAGGAGUCAAACUAUGAGGUAUUGAACCCAUAUUCACCACGAAGCCAAGUGGAGGAGGUUGAAGUGGGAGGGAGUGAGCAGAAACACAUUUCAGCCUCUGUGCCUCAGCCUUCUCCAGGGUCUUCUGCACAGCCUUCUCCAGGGUCUUCUGCACAGCCUUCUCCAGGAUCUUCUGCACAGACAUCAGCAGAAAGCGUAGGUUGCUGUUCUUGUCAAGCAACAAAUGGUGAAUUAUCCUGUGCUAAAGAGAGCAAAGCGGUGUCAAAUGCUGUUGAAUGCAAGGUUCCUCCAAUAGAGACAGUGGAUCAGUGUGUGAGUCAUUGCAGUGCUCAAACGUGUGUAUUGGCUCAGGAAGAACAGCUGCUACAGACUGGAGACAAACAGCUGGCCAGACAUGUGCUGCUGUGCUUACUUCUUGUUGUUGGCCUGUUUGCUAAUCUCUCCAGUUGUUUGUGGUGGCUGUUCAACCAAGAGCCCGGGAGGCUGUAUGUGGAAUUGCAGUUCUUCUGUGCUGUGUUUAAUUUUGGUCAGGGCUUCAUUUGCUUCGGUAUUUUUGGCUUAGAUAAGCAUUUAAUCAUUCUACCGUGCAAGCGAAGGCUUGCAUUUUUCUGGGGUGGAAGAGAAGCAGCAGGGCAUACAGACCCCUCUGUACCUGAGGAAAUCAGGAUGACCUGUCAACAGUUUGUUCGUUAUCAUAGAGAUCACUGUGUCAAAAGUAUUGUCAGAGGCAGAAGGUGUGGUGCAAAGAUCUCCACUGGCAUCUUCUUUGGCUGUGACCUGGUGAACUGGCUCAUUCAAGUUGGCCUUGCCUCCGACCGUGGCGAAGCUGUGAUGUACGGGGACAGACUGAUGAAAGGAGGCAUUAUAACAGCAGCUUUAGUGACUGAUGCCACAAUGAGGAAGAAAAACCCCAUAAAAGGUAUUUUUCAUGUUGCUGACUGUUUUCCAUAUUUUAGUGUGAUGAAAUAUCGAUGCCUGUUUACAGUCAGGCUUCCCCCUGACUUCAUAGAAGUAGGAUUUCUUCAAUCAUACCCCAGUUUUGACUACUCUGCUCUUGUCUAACACCAGGAACUUUUUAUAGCUCUUUACACCUCAGAUCAGGUGGGUUUUUUCUCCCUUAAAGAUAAAAUCCUCCAUUUAUAAAAGUGGAAUUGUUGUGACAAUGUUCCAAAUGUCAGAGGAUUAAAGCUGAGGAAAUACCAAGUGGAAUAAAUAAUGGUUUUGUACAAACCUACCGAAUCCCAAAACCAUAAAAAUAUGCAGCACUCUUCCAAAUUAGGAAAUUACAUCAUGGAAUAAACAAUUUGUUCUGAAAUUUUGCCUUAUGGUGGUAGUAACAGCUUUGUCAAGAGUAGAUUUUUACAUUCUGAAAUUAGCCUUUACAGUUUAAUUCAGAAGUGCCAGCCUCAAAUAAGGAUUUUAUGGAAGUCUUGGAGACAUGUGUAAGUCAAGACAAAAUUCUUUUUCAAAUCACGGAACUUUUUAAAUUAAAUACAAUGAUUUUUUAAAAUCUAUUAUAUAAAGAAUCCUAACUGAACAUCCAAAUUGGGGUUUAGAGUAGCUAAAGAUCCUAAAUUUUAGUUGGUUGCCUAACACAGGUUUCUAAUAAACCUCAGGUAUCCUCCUACAAUAUCUAAAUAGUGUCACUCAGAUUCCUGUGCACUGAAGGCAGAAUCUGAGAACCUGUGUGUCUUCUGCAGUAUUUUAAAAAAGUUAAAGACCAAGUGUUAUAUCUGAUAACCGUUGUGCUGCCCUUUUAAAACUGCAAGAACAGCAUUUAUAUGUCUAUACAAAAAUUUUAUAUAGUGAGGGAAAGGAAUCCAGGUAUUUAAAAAAAAAUAAUUUGCUCAAGCAUAUGAAUAACUCCUCUCAUCCUUGUUUUUAAAAGUCUUUCCCUUCUUUUUUUUUUUUUUUUUAGUACACAGGUUUUUAUUCUAUCUAAUUUCGCAUCCACUUUGUAUUAAGAAUUAAAAAUUAUUUUAGCAGCAUAAGCUCCUGUUCAAGUAGCAGUUGUUUUAUGGUUGCUAUAACUCCAUGCAGGACUUACACUGAAAAAAUAGUUCCUUUUACUGUCAUUCUUAUUGCACUUUUGCAGUGUGCACAGAAACAUAACUGCAUUCUACUGCGUAUGUAUGCUAUGGAAACUGACAUAUUUUAAUGUUUUCCAGCAACAAAAUAAUUGACAUUUGUAUCAGGCUGUGUCCACAAAGGAAAACAGUAGUGUAUUUCCAUAAUAACUGCUGAAGACAACUGCAUCAAAUAUUUUGGAAUAAUUAGAUAUAUGUGACUUAAGAGCAGAAGCUGUGAGUAUGUCUGGCUUCUAAAUACUGUAAUUUGUCAAUAAAUCUAUUACUUGAUUUCAGAGUUU